UGGAAGCCGGCUGCGCGCGCCACUAUUUAACCAGCGCGGAGGCCGCGGCAGGGCCAAGUGCUGGCAGUGUCUCCACGUGGUCCAGUGCAGGGAGUCGUGCAGCGAGGCGCCGAGCGUGGGAGCGUGAGAGCGUGAGAGCGUGGGAGCGUGCUGCCGCGCCGACCUGGGAGUCCUCGGCCUUUGAGAGAAAUGAAACUCGGAAAUUUUUUGCUGGUCACAUUUGCCUGGGCCGUCUCUUCGCUGACAGAAGGCGAGGUGCGGUUCGAGCGCGCCACGGAGGGCUGCAGCGCGCCCUCUGGCCGCGCGGGAGAGUGCGUGAGCCUCGCGCUCUGCCCCGCGCUGCUGCAGCUGCUGCAGCAGGACCGCGGGGCGGGCGCCGCCGACUACCUGAGGCGGGCCUCGUGCGGCUUCCAGGGCAGCGACCCCUGGGUGUGCUGCGAGUCCCCGGCCGCCACUGCCGCCACCACCGCCACCACCGCCACCCGGACCACCACUAGCAGCACUAGCACCACGCCGGCGGCGCUGCCCUACCGCUCCUCCGGGUACCUGCCGUCGCCGGGAGAGUGCGGCUUCAGCAACGUCACCAUGACGCGCAUCGUAGGAGGCCACCCCGCCAAGCUGGGCGCGUGGCCCUGGCUGGUGGCACUGGGCUACCGCCGCACCAGGCGGAGCGCCACGGGCGGGCCGCAGUUCCUGUGCGCAGGCGCGCUCAUCACCGCGCGUCACGUGGUCACCGCCGGCCACUGCGUCGUCAACAAGACGGACCGGCUGUACGUGGCGAGGCUCGGGGAACACAACCUGGUGUCGGACGAGGACGGGGCCACGCCCGUCGACGUGGGCAUCGCGCGGGCCAAGCUGCACGAGGGCUACAACGGCGUCUCCUACGUCAACGACAUAGCGCUGCUGUGGCUGAGCGAGGACGUGCGCUUCACGGCCAGGAUCCGGCCCAUCUGCCUGCCGCUCAGCCCUGAGCUCAGGUCCAAGACGUUCGUGAGGAACUACCCGUUCAUCGCCGGCUGGGGGUCCACUUCCUACCGAGGGCCCAGCAGCCCGGCACUGAUGCAGCUGCAGCUGCCUGUGGUGGAGCAGGACAGAUGCAGGGAGGCCUACAAGAUCGUUCCUACCACCGUCAUCGACGACCGCGUGCUGUGCGCCGGCUUCGCGCAGGGCGGCAAGGACGCCUGCCAGGGCGACUCAGGCGGGCCGCUCAUGUGGCCGGAUGCCUCCUCGGACCUCUACUACCUGAUCGGCGUGGUGUCGUACGGCUUCCGCUGCGCCGAGCCCGGCUUCCCCGGGGUCUACACCCGGGUCACCGCCUUCCUCGACUGGAUCAUGGCCGCCCUGGACUGAGGUGUGGUCCCUGGAGCCGGGACCCUGUGGACUUCGGACUGCGAGCGCCGCGACUGCAGUGGGACUGUCCCUGCGGUGCCGUGGCUACGACACGUGCUUCUCCCACCUCAACUUCAUGUCAAAUGUUUUAAAACUUUAAAGAAUUAGUGUGUUAACAAUUAUGUGGACAACUAUUGCAUAGCAGGGACAUACACAAAGAGAGAGAGAGAGAGAGAGAGAGAGAGAGAGAGAGAUAGAGUGAAAACCCACCCAAAAAAAAUCCUAAAAAGAAAUUUACACAAAAAAAUUGGUUGUCUGUAAAGUCGGUUUACGGACGAUAGUUUAACGUGACGUCAUAACAAAACACUGAUGAAUUGAUUGCAUACUUUUAUGAAUAAAACUGAAUCAUUUUUAUUGAAUUAUCACUAUUUCGUAUGGAUACAAAGAAGGAGUGAAAUGAAAUCUACAAUUUAAUUGAUAAAUUUACUUUUAUUUCCACGCAUUAAUUCACAUAUGUUUAUUACUUUAACGAAGAGAUUAUUUUAAUUAUAACUUUUAUAAAUGUUUGCUAUUUAACUUCUUCCAAUCUGUGUUAUUCUGUUAAGGAUAGGACGAUGACAGGAAAAGUAGGAAACGAAUGGGAGUGUUUCAAGUUUAAUGUGCCUCGAAAAAGGCAAAUCGAUGGUUGUUCAAAUGGAGUGGAAGAGAGAGAGAUGCGGCGCAAGCGUACAAUGAGCGUAACGGGACACAACGUAAAGGCACAAUGUGCGUUACGGGACACUGUUGUGCAGCCGGGUUCCAUCGAUUUAUUAGACGUCACGUCAAAAAGAGAAGGAAUUUGAAUAGCAAAGUGUUUCUAUAGCCCCCCUUGUGUACGUUCCUGAUGCAUAGUGGCGUUUAAUUACACAACUAAGGAGUGUUAUUAUGAUAUUUCUGGGUGGUUUUCGACACCACAGACAUCUCGCCUGGCUACAGGGAACUGUUAAAAACUGUGCCGCCGAUGCGUGUGAAACACCCAGUGCCCGUGGUGCAUCUCUACGCGAUUGUGAAAUGCGCGAAGAGUCAACAUCACGACCCUGAAGACAUUCGCUAUGUGUGUGUUCGCCGCGGGCUGGUGGGCGGCUCAUCGCCUAUCCUUCACCAGCUGGCGUACCUUUGGCAGUCACCCCAGCCGCCUCUCAGCCUUUCUGACCAACCACCAGUCAUCUGGUUUACCUCUAUAUUCCCACCUCCACCAACUCCACCAACUCUGGUUUAAGAGGUUCUGAUACAGAUCAGUCUGACAGUGACAGGGCCAUCGAGAGAAAUCAAAGGCCCCAGGGGAAAAAAAGUUUGCCCCCCCCCCCCGCCCCUUCCACUCCAGCACCCUAUUAAUAAAAGUUCGAUUGUUUUACUAAUACAUGUUAAAAAAUUCGUAUAUUUGUCAUAAUAAAUUAAACUUGGGUUAGGUUUAUAAACGCCAACUAUCAUUUAUGAGAAAUUAAAAUCUUUAAAAUAUUUUCUAAUACGAAUUCAUGAAAACUCAUUUGAAAGGAAAAGUUAUUGAUCAGCAUUUUGAACAAUAUGUAUAACAAUAUUAAAUUCUUCCUUUUCCCAUUCUCUAUGUUUUCACAAAAACUAAUAAAAAAAAUUGCACAUGUAACUCAGUACAUGUGAUAGAAGUGAAUCUUCUUUGGCAAUUCAAACCUCGACUCGUAAGUAUUUUGCAAGGGGUGAAACGGCAGCGAGAGAAAAAGAUUGAAAGAAGACAAUUUUUCUAAAUAAACAUGAGUAAAUAAAAUUAUUAUUCAUUUCAAAAUAACUGCUCAGAAUAUCAAUAAUUACUGAUCAAUCAAUAAUGACUAAUUAACAAUAAAUAUUACUCACUGUUGAAAUAAUCGCACCAUAAAAUGUUAUAGGCCUAUUAAGAUUUUCAGGACCCCAACUAUAGCACAAAAACAAUUCUAACUACAAUUUAUAGACAUUUUACAAAGUAACUCAAUUCUCAAUCACAUUUAUAUCACAUUUAUAGUGGCUGCAUCUCAACUCGGAUUGGUGCCAUCCUCAGGUUACCUACACUGUAAGCCUCGCUGCACCUCUGUUCGUGACUGACAUGCCGAUUAUACCUGUGUUUGCGAGUUGUGUGUUUCAGAAAUACUUAUGCUACUUUUCAAACAAAAUUAUAUAUAAAAAUGAUAAUAUUAAGAGCAUAAUUUGAGACUGAAACGUCACCACAAUCAUUACAUUAGAACUUAAAACUAACUUAUUUAAGUUUAGUUUGUUUGGAUGUUCCAAAGUUAUUAUUUUGGACAUAAAAAAUGAGACUCAAGUUUACUGUAUUUCAUUCAAGGUCUCGCUUAGUGAUGAUACUUGGUACUUACGAAUGUUAAUUAGUAACGGCAGAUAUCUUUCGCGAAAAAAAAUCCUAGCACCCAUUAGACUGCAAUACAGUAUGCCCUCACCAACGGUUUCUCCAUUGUGAUUGGCGGCCGUCUGUAAGAUAAGAUAUUGUCCUAUUUGACCGAGCCAGACAGGCCAAGUUUGUUUCCGACUUGAAUCAUUGUGAUUGGAGCGCUGACAGUGGAUGUGUACCUGAAAGAAACUUGACCAAUCACGAAACACAGACGAUGCUACAGUGUUUCAACUCUCAACCAGACUCGAAAUCUUUUUUGCGAAAAAUACAUGGUCUAUUAAUUGGUCUUUAAAAGAUUAAAAAUAAUAUAUUCUAAUGUAAUGUUUACCUCAAGUAUUAUGUAGGUACUUCUUAACAUGUUGAUGUGAUGUAAGACAUUGUUGUAUUUAAUUUAAAUUAUCUUAUAUUUAUAUAGUUAUUUGAAUACUUUUGUAAAAUUCAAAUAAAAUGUUAAUAGUACAGAACAUUCGACAGUUCAACUGUAUUUUUAUUCCAUUUGUAGGUAAGUAAAAUGUUAUCGUAAACUUUAUACUGCUAUUGAAUCAAUAGUUUUACCUAUUUCAAUUCCCAACUUUAAAAAAAAAAAAAAUUGGUAGUCUGUAAAGUCGGUUUACGGACAAUAGUUUAACGUGACAACGACAUAACAAAACAUUGAUGAAAUGAUUGCAUACUU